CUAGAGAUGUGGCAGGGACCUGAGAGCCCGUGGAUACUGUGCAUAUCUGACGGCGGAGCUGCAUCCACAUAGCAGGGGCACGGGGAGGCUCCUAGCCGAGGGGACAUGGACAAACUGGCUCCUUCCAUGCGCAAGAGACUCUACAGCCUUCCGCCGCCGACUGGGGCCAAAGCUGGAGCAGAGGUGGAGGAGGAUAAAGACGGAGACAGCGAGGCAGCCAGGAGGAGUUUCAAAAUGAGACCCCUGCCUUCUCCCUCCGGAGGCUUGACAAGGCUGGCGGGGGAGCCUCUGGCUGGAGCUGGAGGACAGGAUAGCAACCUCUUGGAAACCGAGCUAGGGAGGACGGCCAAGAGCAGCAGCAGUACAAAUGGGGACUGCCGCAGGUUCCGGGGCAGCUUGGCCUCAGUGACCGGCCGCACGCUCCAGGGAGCCGGGCUGGCGGAUGACAAGCGCCUGAUCGUAGAAGGGGACUCCAGCCCUAGCGAGGACACCAACGCCGGUAGCGAGGGAUCCGAGGCGAGUCCCCAAGCCGAGCCCAGCUCCGAGCCCGAGCCGGGUCUGGCUUUCUUAAAAGUGGACACAGCCGAUCAGAUCCUGCUGGAGGACGAGCUCCGGGCUAGCCAAGCCGGCUUCAUGCAAAAACAAUUCGGGGCCAUGCUCCAGCCGGGAGUCAACAAAUUCUCUCUCAGGAUGUUUGGGAGCCAGAAAGCGGUGGAGAGGGAGCAGGAGCGAGUCAAGUCGGCCGGGUUCUGGAUCAUUCACCCAUACAGCGACUUCAGGUUCUACUGGGACCUGACAAUGCUGCUUCUCAUGGUGGGAAACCUGAUCAUCAUUCCUGUGGGAAUUACAUUCUUCAAGGAUGAGAACACCACUCCUUGGAUAGUCUUCAACGUUGUGUCAGACACUUUCUUUCUUGUCGAUCUAGUGCUGAAUUUCAGAACUGGGAUUGUUGUGGAGGACAACACAGAGAUUAUUUUGGAUCCGCAGAGGAUCAAAAUGAAGUACUUAAAAAGCUGGUUCGUUGUCGAUUUCAUAUCCUCCAUUCCAGUGGACUAUAUUUUUCUAAUAGUUGAAACAAGGAUUGACUCAGAGGUUUACAAGACGGCCAGGGCGCUGCGGAUUGUAAGAUUUACCAAAAUCCUCAGUCUCCUUCGGUUGCUGCGGUUAUCCCGAUUAAUUCGUUACAUCCAUCAAUGGGAAGAGAUCUUCCACAUGACCUACGACCUGGCAAGUGCAGUGGUACGUAUUGUCAACCUCAUCGGGAUGAUGCUGUUGCUAUGCCAUUGGGACGGUUGCCUCCAGUUCCUGGUCCCUAUGCUGCAGGAAUUCCCAGAUGACUGCUGGGUGUCUCUCAACAAUAUGGUGGAUGAGACCUGGUCGAAGCAGUACACCUACGCCCUGUUCAAAGCAAUGAGCCACAUGCUGUGCAUCGGGUAUGGAAAGCAGGCACCUGUUGGUAUGUCUGACGUUUGGUUGACCAUGCUCAGCAUGAUAGUGGGUGCCACCUGCUAUGCCAUGUUCAUCGGCCAUGCCACCGCACUCAUUCAGUCAUUGGACUCAUCUCGGAGGCAGUACCAAGAGAAGUACAAGCAAGUGGAACAGUAUAUGUCCUUCCACAAAUUGCCAGCCGACAUGCGCCAGCGAAUCCAUGAUUAUUACGAGCACCGCUUUCAGGGCAAGAUGUUUGAUGAGGAGAACAUACUUGGGGAACUGAGCGAUCCUCUACGUGAGGAAAUAAUAAACUUCAACUGCAGGAAGCUGGUGGCCUCCAUGCCUCUCUUUGCCAAUGCAGAUCCUAACUUUGUCACAUCCAUGCUGACUAAGUUGCUGUUCGAGGUCUUCCAACCUGGGGACUACAUUAUCCGUGAGGGGACUAUAGGAAAGAAGAUGUAUUUUAUCCAGCAUGGGAUUGUCAGUGUCCUUACGAAAGGCAACAAGGAGACCAAACUGUCUGAUGGAUCCUACUUUGGAGAAAUUUGCUUGUUGACCCGGGGCCGUCGAACAGCGAGCGUGCGAGCUGACACUUACUGCAGGCUGUACUCCCUCUCUGUAGACCACUUCAAUGAAGUGCUGGAGGAAUAUCCAAUGAUGAGACGUGCCUUUGAAACAGUGGCUCUUGACAGACUUGACAGGAUAGGCAAGAAAAAUUCCAUCUUGCUUCACAAAGUGCAGCACGACCUGAACUCUGGUGCCUUGAACUAUCAGGAGAGCGAGAUUAUCCAGCAGAUCGUGCAACACGACAGGGAGAUGGCUCAGAACAUCCAGAGUAACCCGGUGCCCACGGUCUCCACACCUACUCCGGUUAUCUGGACCCCGCUGGUUCAAGCCCCUCUGCAGACGGCAGCGGCGACCACUUCAGUGGCGAUCACACUCACCCACCAUCACCACUCGCACCUCCGGGGCAACAUGUUCCAGCCUUCGGUGUCCAUACUGAACUCUCUGGGGCAACAGACGAAGCGGCCGCCGUUCUCCGCGCCCACUACCGGACCCUCGUCGGCCGGCUCCCCAUCCAGCGCCCCCUCCCAGCUGCAGACCCCCAGCGCCGAGUCGCCCUCGGCCGCUCUGUUCCACCCCCAGCAGCCGAAGGGAGGCUCGGCUUCCAGCAGCCUGAACCAACUGCAGCAGCCGCCGCCGGCCCCGGGGAUCCAGCCUUCCCCCUCUUUGGGGUCGUCGCCCCCGGCCUUCCGCCAGCCUUCGGUCGGCCCCAGCCCAGCCGGAGGCGGCGCCACCGUGGGGCUCAGAACGCCCCAGGUACACACCGGCGCCCUGCAGUUCCUGCAGCCGACCACCGGCUCAUCCCCGGCCGGUCAAGCCGGCUCGUCUUCCCCUCCCUUCUGCCCGAGCCCCCUGCCCCCGGGCUCCCCUUCAACCCACUUCCCGGUGCCGGCAAAGAGCGGGAGGGAGCACCACCCGGGCUCCAGGGUCCAGGUCUCGCCGCUCCAACAGCGCUCGGUCACGCCGUGCUACUCCCCCGGUGCUCUGAGCCCUCCGCCCGCAAGCCCGGCCGCCAGAAGGACAUUCCACGGCGGCUUUGCCGAAGCGUCAGGCUCCCGCACGUCUCUCCUGACCCCUCCGGCUCUUCAGCAGAUCAUCACCCUCAAGAGCACGCCGCCUCUCCCUCCUCCUCCUCUGCCGCCAGUCGGACGCUUGACCCAGGACCUUAAGGUGAUCUCCGCCUCCCAGCCGUCCUUGCCUCAAGAGUUGACUCAUCAGAGCAGCCCCUUCUCGGGCAGAGAAGCCUCGGGCGGUGUGGCGGGCUUCAGUAGACCCAGACGCUUGAGUAAACCGUGCAGCUCCAUCCCCGAGCGCAUGACUCUACCCAGGCAGUUGUCAUCAGGUUCUUUACCUCAACCGCAAGGACAAACACUUGGAGCAUUUUUCCCAACCACGUUAUCUCAAGACGAGACUGGUUCUCAGAAGGGAUCCUUUGGUUCUGAUUUGGAACCUGUUCGAUCUAAGCUCCCUUCCAAUUUGUGAGGUUACAUGAACAGGUCA